AUGGAGUUCUUCACGGUUAUACUUGAGGAAUCCUCCAGCAGGCAGGUGCUGCCGGACAAUUUUGUGAAGUUGCUGGACGGCCAUCAGCCACAGAACAUGAAGCUAAGGCAGGCCAGCAACGGGCUUCGUAAGCUGUGGGACGUGGAGCCGCACCGCACCAUACAGCAGCUCCCGUCCAAACAUUUCCCCCAAAUCCCCUCGAACCCUAGCCGCCAUGUCCCCCCUCGAACCCUAGCCACCCCUGCCUUCCCCUCGAGCGCGAGCAACGGCCGAUCCAGACACUGGCGGCGCAACGCGAGCAGCGGCCCGAUCGAUCCAGCCACCGGCGGCGCGUCCCCUCGAGCGCAAGCAGCGCCCGAUCCAGCCACCGGCGGCGCGUCCCCUCGAGCCCGAGCAGCGGCCGAUCCAGCCAUCGGCGGCGCAACGCGAGCAGUGGGCCAUCGAUCCAACCACCGGCGGCGCGGUGCGAGCAACAGCCCGAUCGAUCCAGCCACUGGCGACGCGACGCGAGCAACGGCCCAAUCGAUCCAGCCAUCGGCAGGGCAGCGCGAGCAAUGGUUCGGUCAAUCCAGCCGCUUGCGUGGUGGGGCGAGCAACAGAUGGUCCAACCACCGAGGGGCGGCGCAAGCAGAUCUUCCUGCUGUCCAUGAGCCUGCUUGCUUGGUUUUCGCCCAGAUCAUCCAUCCAUCCAUAGUUUCUAUCCAUACGCACCUCGUCCACUGACUGUUAACCACACAUCCAUCGCUAGUACAUCUCUCGCCUGCUCUGCUGCACGGUGCCCUGAUUCCGGUUUCGUUUGAUGAUGCAUAUUAGGAUGUCGUGGGCUGGGACGGUGGUGUUCUUCCAUGUCAUGCUCUGAUCGUCGUCGUUGCUCCGCUGAUCGACAUUGCUCUAAGAGGACACGUGAUCUCGGUUCAGCGAGCUGGUGUUCUUCCUACUUGUUUAGCUUAAGAUUAAUUCUUCUUGCUAAGUUCUUCCUAGCUUUUCAGCAUCAGCAGUAUUGCUAGUGGGAGCAGGAAUCAUGAUGCAUCAUCUCAUCUUCUAUUAUAGUUGUUGAUAAGAAGAAACUCUUUCAUUGGUGUUGUCUGUAGUGUUUGUUAGGAAAUGAAAAGAAAUGUUGGCCUGAAUGUUAUUGCAUGCCGAUAGCAAAGCUUGCGAUCUGGGUGAUCGUUUUGACAGAACUCAAUGUCCAUGACCAUGUUAACAAAGUGGUUUGUUAGUGGUCAAAAGAAAAAGGCGUUUCAGGCACUGCCUUUUUGUUUUGCUUUUCUUUAGAUGGAAUCACUUUUGGAGAUAGAAAAUUUCCAAAUUAACAUCUGUUUUGCAUUUUCUGUAAACUUAAAUAUUUAAUCCUCCUCUUACACUUAAAUUGCUGCAAAUAUAAUGCACUAAACUGCAAAAGUAUUUAAUUUUGCAGUGGCUGUAAACUGAACAAAUAGUAUAUUAUAUGAAGAUAUGAUACAUAAGCAAUAUUUUUCAAUAGCUAAAAAUAUGGAGGCUACAACUUGUGUAUUUUGGUAUGACAGUGCGCAAUUUAUGUCGACGACAAGUAGUGAAGUGUGUGUGUCUAGAUAUUAUAUGUGCAACUUGAGUGCUUAUCUACCUUUCAAAGUAUCUACCUUUCAAAGUAUUUCAAAUUGGAUUAUAAUCCUUAUGAGCCUUUAUGGUUGCUUCAUUAAUUCUGAUGUUUGUUUUUUCAUGGUAGGAAACAUGUCAGUCGAACAACUGGAACCGUUCGUAAGUUAAGUUCCAUCACAAAACUGGUUCUUGCCCCUAUAUUUUUGUAGGGCGAUUCUGUUAUCUCCUAGUACACUGCUACUACACAAUAGCCAACAAUGUUGAAUACUGUUAUAUUUCUAGAAUAAAUACAAUAGCAAACAAUGUUGAAUAUUGUUAUAUUUCUACAGAAUAGCCAACAAUGGCUGAUAAAUACGAGUAUCGUCAUAUAAUUCAUGUCUGAUAUUUCUAGAAUAUGUAAUUGGUAGCCAGCAAUGUUGUUUUUAGUUUGACAGACAUGGAUGAUAAGUUCCAGUACAACUUCAUGUGAUGCAAUAUUCUUUGCUUUCUGAAUUUAUUAAUAGUCGUUGCCAAACUCAUGUGUUUAUACAAAUCAUGUUUGCUACUUUGUUAAUAAAUCAUGCGCUUCUUAAUUCUUUUUAUGUAUGGCUUGCUGUCAAAACACUAAACUUAAGAUGUCCUUGAUUAAUUGAGUGAAGCCAUCAUUAUAGUAGUUGUAUAAUGUACGAGUUAUUCAUCUCCUAGUGGAGGAGCAUGUAACUUUUGGUCGCAUGUGUUGUGUGAUUAAAAUGAUGACUACAUUAUACUUUGAUUUUUUGCUUGGGUUGUAGUCUUCUAGAAUUCUGUUCGUUAUUAUUACUACUGUUAUAUUGUCUUGAGAGCUAUGUUCUCAACCUAUCCUAUUGAUAUAAGUGCUUGUUGUCAUGUUUGUGCUAAAUAUUUAAUUGAAUAUUGAUAAAUAUUUAAUCGACUACUGAUAUCCUGUGUCUAGUUGAGUUACUAUAUUAAGUAGUAUUAUGUAGCCAGUUUCGUGCGUGCUGUAAAUAAGAUGUUGCCCCUUUUUUAAAUAACAUCACUUGUCUUCUUGACUUGUUUUCAAAUAAGUAUCGUGUGCAAUGUGUAGGCUUCAUUUUUAGUAAAAUCUGUGGCUGAAUAUAUUGAUGGCAUUGUACAUAUUUCUUUAAAUGCCAGGCUGACAUGGAAAGUGUUAUGGAACAAGAGGUACCACAACCUGGAGAACCAAAUUGUUGCUGUUGUUGCUGACAUUCUCACUACAAAAUGUCUCUUAGCACAUUCCUUCAAAAUUUUGGCCUUGAGUCAACCUUCAAAUUUUGUAAUCCUGUGAUGUAAUGAUACUACUAUGUUAUUUGAGUUAUAUUAUUAUUAUCAUUAUAUUCUUCUA